AUGGAACCAAGCCCGUGUGACUGCCUGAGCCAGAAGGAGUCCGAUGAAAUUUACCCCCCGGGAUUGCUGGUAUUCGCUGGCUCUUCAGAUGAGGACACCAAUUUGGCCAAGCAGUUUUGGGUGGCAGCAUCGAUGUAUCCUCCCAACGAAUCUCAAUUGGUUUUGUCCAGAGGUAGCAGUCAACGUCUGCCGGUGGCCGGGUCCUCAAAGGGGAUUUCCCCUGAGAGUAAAAUCAAUGCUGAAAUCCUAAAGAUUCAGGAAUCUGAGGAAAAAGAAAAGUAUCUCCAAAAGAUUUCAGGCACCACAGACAAGGGCCUUUUAGAGAUCAGGUGGCGUUGGAAGUCUAAUGCUACCACUUACUAUUUGCAUGAUCUGUUUAACCCUGUGAAAAUCAGCAUCCACAGAUAUAACAGGAGGAAUAAUAAAAAUAUCCACUGCACAGAGUUGAUAUAA